AUGUCCUCCAUGCCAAUGGAACUUAACCUGCCUCGGGUGGUGCCCGGGGGCAAACACAUCAGCUAUUAUGUCGCCAUUAGCACGAUACUAGUAGUAGCCUGGCUAUUUCAGUCCAGGAAGAAGAAGCUGCCCAAUAUGCCUUUUUACAAAGCCGCCAAGACGAAGUGGAUGUUUGACGCAGAGACACUGAUUCGUGACAGCUAUAGCAAGUUCCGCGACACCGUGUAUCAAAUCAAGGCCACGGAGGGUUUGCAAGUACUGGUACCUGCGAGACUGAUCGGGGAGCUCAGAAGCCUGCCGGAAGAGGUCCUCAGCGCAACGGAGGCUGUAGAUGAGGCUAUGUUGAGCAGAUACACAAACUUCACUCUGGGCAAUCACGCCGACUUGCUAUCAACACUCGUGAGGUGCAAGCUUUCACAGAACCUAGCGCGGCUUGUGCCCCAACUCAAGGGCGAGCUCGAAUAUGUCGUGGCUACAGAGUUUCCCGAGUGCAAGGACUGGACGCCGGUGAAGUUCCAACCUUUCGCGCUGCGAGCCAUCGCACGGAUCAGUGGACGAGCUUUCGUUGGUGCCGAUAUCAACCGACAGGAGCAGUGGAUGGACAUCAGCAUUAACUUCGCAAUCCACGUCUUCGUCGCUGUUGUGAAGAUGCAGCUCUUUCCCGAAUGGGCUCGGCCCAUUGCGCAGUACGGGGUAUCGGAAUUGCGACAGAUUCGCAAAGACGUUGACAAGGCUAGCGCGAUGCUGAAGCCAAUCAUCGAAGAGAGGCUGCGGGACUUGGAGAUGCCGGGCUUCGAAAAGUCGCCAGAUGACUUGAUCCAGUGGCUCGUCGAGGCCCUACCGGAAGACGAGAAAAUGGACAUCAGGUCCCAGGCACACUUGCAGCUCAUCCUGGCGGCUGCUUCAAUUCACACGACCAACAAUCUGGUUACCGACUGCAUUUACGAUCUCGCAGCUCACCCAGAGGUGCAGGACAUGCUGCGGGAAGAGGCGCACCAAGUCCUCGAGGUUGAGCACGGCUGGGCAAGGAAGGAGAGCAUGGCCAAGCUGAAGAAGUUGGACAGUUUCAUGAAGGAGACCCAGCGCCUCGCCGGAAACAUCACAUCCUUCAUCCGCAAGGUUGUCAAGCCGAUUGACCUCUCUGACGGCACUCACCUGCCUUCAGGCACUAAGGUGCUAGCUCCCCAGGCUGGCAUCUCGCACGACGAGAGAUACUUUGAGGAUCCCGAUACGUUCGACGCGCUGCGCUUUUACAGACUACGGCACAAGUCUGACGAAGACGCCAACCGGUGGCAGUUUACAAGCAUUAGUGAUACCAACAUGAACUUUGGCGCCGGCAAGCAUGCCUGCCCAGGCCGAUUUUUCGCAGGGAACGAAAUCAAACUGGUCUUGGCAUAUUUCCUGCUCAACUACGACAUCAAGCUUAAGGAUGGGGAGACGCGGCCGAAGCCAACGGUCAUGGUGAUGAGCAAGUCGCCCGACCCGAACGCGGAGGUCUUGUUCCGGCGGCGAACGGCGGCGCCGUGA